GUGGCCGUUCCCCUUCUUAAUGGCGGCUUAAAAGGUACACGAUAAAAUCGGCUCAUGCGGGCCGCUGCGGCCGUCCGACGUCAUUCGUCGAUGAUACUUGAUCUACACAUCUAUCCCCUUGAAAACAGCACUUCAGCCAGGCCCGACUCUACUCUCGACAACGUCCAGUCUUACCACAAAUUCCGACCCCCUCCUGACGCCAGCCUUCGAACAUGUCUUCCGAACACCCUGUGCGUCAGAUCGUCAUAAUCGGAGGAGGAAUCAUAGGCUGUACGACGGCGUACUAUCUGUGUUCGCACCCCGCCUUCGCCACGUCUGGGACGAAGGUGACGCUACUUGAGGCCUCUGUCUACGGUGCUGCGCAAGGGGCUUCGGGGAAGGCAGGUGGUCUCGUCGCGAAGUGGGCGUACCCGAAGGAGCUCGUCAACGUCUCAUUCCCGGAGCACGUCCGCCUCGCGCAGGAGCAUAACGGCACACAGCGCUGGGGCUGGCGGUUCGUUGCGUGCGGAAGCUGGGAGGGACGUGGACAGCUGGCCAGAGAGGACACCGGCACGGGCGUGGGCAAGGGCGGCGAGCGCAAGAGCCUCGAGAAGACGAACGGGCUCGACGCAAGCACUCCCGCGAAGACGCAAGCACCGACGGGCCUACCGGACGACCUGACGUGGGUCAAGGCGGAGCUGACGGACGCGUACUCACCGAUGGCGCCGGCGGGCGCGACGGCGCAGGUGCAUCCGCGCCUGUUCACCACGAGCAUGCUCGAGCUCGCGCAGGAGAAGGGCCUCGAGUUCGUCGCAGGUAAGGCGACCGCGAUUGAGAUCGACAACGCAGCAGGCUCAGUCACCGGCGUCACCUACGCCGAGCGCGGGGCGGACAGCGCAACGCGCACCAUCCCCGCGACCCAUGUUGUCCUCGCUGCCGGCGCAUGGUCGCCGCACAUCCUCCCCGCCUUACCCAUCACCGGUACGCGCGCGCACAGCAUCACGAUCCGCCCGCGCGACGGCACGGUGGACGAUGUCGAGGUCGACCAGGGCGCGUGCGAGAGCAUCCACGAGCACGUCGCGAGCAUUUCGGCCGAGCUGAGGGACGGGGCGGUGGACAAGCGGCAGGCGUGCUUCCUGCCUGUGGUGAGCACCGGUGGGGGGCCGAUCGUGGGCGAGGCCACUUCCAUCGCGAAAGGCCUGGUGAUUGCGACGGGGCAUACGUGCUGGGGCAUAUGCAACGCGCCGGGCACCGCGAAAGCAGUAGCGGAGCUAGUGAUGGAGGGAAAAAUCAAGUGCGCGAACCUGAAGAACCUGCAGCCAGGACGCUUCCUCUGAUUGGGACGCGGGAAACUCCAGAGCGUUCCAGAUAUACGCUUGUCCGAAACGCUGAAGAACUUCUAUCCUCACCCGACGCCGAAUGACACGCAUCCUGAUUGGGGCACCCGUCCUUGGGUCAUCAUGACUCCCCUAGAGCGGGUAAACGUGUAUUUUUUGGGCAACCGCAGGAGCGUCCUAGGGCCGAUGUAGUAAUUUUUACAAACUGUUUCAGCUCUCAGAAACAACAUGCUUCCCUGACCCUAGGACAGAUAGUUUCCCCACUAUGGCAGUUUCUCUUAAUUUAUCUCACUGACGUUUAGAGCGCGCGCGCGCC